UUCUCUCUCGCGCGCGCCCGCACACACACACACAUACACACUGUAACGGAGUGGAUGUUCUGCUUUCGUCACAUGUAGAUCGACUUUCUGAGUUGAGACGAAAUACAAGCUAAAUGUUGUGUAACAUAGUUUGAUAAGACGAAUGGGGGUCCAGAAUAGCAGACUUGUCAAAUGGAUUUGUUGGUUUGUCGUUGCGACGGUGUUUUUCUUAAAUGGCUUCCUAAUAGGUUGGUACGCAAGACCCACUCAAAGUGACAGCAGUGUGACAGCGUCUCACAGAUACCUGCGAGAUUUCCUGGAUGAAAUGCAAGCUGACAAAAUCAAGCAGCACCUGAGGAAAUUCACACGGCUCCCUCACCUGGCGGGAACUGAACAGAACCUCCGCCUAGCCCAGCAGAUCAGGGACGAGUGGUUGCAGUUUGGACUGGACUCGGUGGAGAUAGUGCCCUACGAUGUGCUGCUGUCCUACCCCAACCAGACCAGCCCUAACUUCAUCUCCAUCAUCGAUGACCAAGGGAACGAGGUGUACAGUACCUCCCUCUCGGAGCCUGUGCCCGAGGGGUAUGAAAACAUCUCUGAUAUCGUCCCACCGUACAGUGCUUUUUCGGCCAAAGGCCAGCCUGAGGGUGAUCUAGUUUAUGUGAACUAUGGGCGUACGGAGGACUUUUUUCAACUUGAACGUGAAAUGGGAAUCAAUUGCACCGGCAAGAUUGUCAUCGCAAGAUAUGGCAAAAUCUUCAGAGGUAACAAGGUGAAGAAUGCCAUCCUUGCAGGUGCAAUGGGCAUAAUCCUUUUUUCAGACCCGGCUGACUACUGCGCUCCAGGGGUGAAGACGUACCCAGAUGGGUGGAACCUCCCCGGGGGAGGAGCCCAGAGGGGGAAUGUCCUGAACCUCAAUGGGGCGGGUGACCCCCUGACGCCUGGUUACCCUGCCAAAGAAUACACCUACAGAUUGAGCAUUGAUAAGGGAGUUGGGCUUCCCAAGAUUCCUGUGCAUCCCAUUGGCUACAAUGAUGCUGUCAAUCUGCUCAAAAAUAUGGGGGGAGAAAUUCCCCCCAACAACUGGAAGGGGGACCUCAAUGUCUCAUAUAGGAUUGGGCCUGGAUUCACAGCAGGGUUCACCACACAGAAAGUCAGGAUGAAUAUCCACACAAACAACCAGGUGACCAGGAUCUACAAUGUCAUCGGCAAAAUUCGAGGGGCUGUGGAACCAGACAGGUACGUGAUCCUGGGGGGUCACCGGGACGCGUGGGUGUUUGGUGGGAUCGACCCCAUCUCAGGCGCGGCCGUAGUCCAUGAGUCUGUGAGGAGUGCUGGGAAGCUUGUCAAUCAAGGCUGGAGACCCAGGCGGACGAUCAUCUUUGCCAGCUGGGAUGCAGAGGAGUUUGGGCUGCUGGGAUCCACAGAAUGGGCUGAGGACAACUCAAAAUUGCUGCAAGACAGAGCUGUGGCUUACAUCAAUGCUGACUCCGCUAUAGAAGGUACUUACACCUUGAGGGUAGACUGCACACCAUCACUCCACACUCUUGUGUAUGAUGUCACCAAACAGAUUGCCAGUCCUGAUGAAGAGGAUGCUGGGAUAUCUCUCUAUGAGAGCUGGCACAAAAAAGACAACUGGACGGGGGAUCGAGACGCACCCAGAAUCAGCAAGCUGGGCUCAGGCAGUGACUUUGAAGCAUACUUCAUAAGACUGGGAAUCGCUUCUGGGAGGGCCAGAUACACCAAGAACAGGAAAACUGAAAGGUACAGCAGUUACCCAGUAUACCACAGCGUGUACGAGACAUUUGAACUGGUGGAACGUUUCUACGACCCCACCUUCCGGAAGCUGCUAGCAGUGGCCCAGGUUAGGGGAGGUCUCAUCUUCCAGCUGGCUGACUCCCAGCUCCUCCCACUGGACUGCAAUGAGUAUGCCAUUUACCUGAACAAAUAUGCCCAGAGCAUCUUCAUGCUCGCUCAGAAACACCAGGCCGACCUGCUCAAAUAUCAGGUCUUAUUCGAUUCUCUUUUUUCUGCUGUGAAUAAUUUCACAACUGCUGCAAGGGACUUCCACAAUCGUCUUACACACCUGGACGUGGCCAACUCUAUGGAGGUCCGAAUGGUAAAUGAUCAGAUGAUGUAUCUGGAGAGGGCAUUUGUGGAUCCCCUUGGAUUACCAGGGAGACCUUUCUACAGGCAUAUUAUUUUUGCACCAAGUAGUCAUAACAAGUAUGCCGGGGAGUCUUUCCCUGGAAUCUAUGACGCCAUGUUUGAUAUCGAGAACUCUGAAGAUCCCGCCGCUGCAUGGGAAGAAGUAAAAAGACAGAUCAGCAUUGCAGCCUUCACAGUUCACGCAGCGGCCACUACCCUCAUGCCAGCCGCAUGAAGGCCUCUUUUCUGAAUGGAAAAAUACAUCUCCAGCCCUCUGACCUGGGGUUGGGUCUGGGGUUUCAUCCAACCCUGUGAAUGCUGGGGAGUUACACUGGGUUAAGUUGGAGGUGAAACAAGUUGUUUCACCUGGAUCUUCAAGUCAUAAUGAGUCGAGAGUAUUAAGAGUUGGAGAUGGUCAGCUGUUGUUCUCAAGUACCAAUUGGCUGCACAUUUUGUUUAAUCAAGAAAUGAUUAUCCACUUGAAAUAUGAAGUCAUGUGAAGUGGCCCGUAAUGCCAACAGUGACAUACUCUGAGUGGCGGAUUGUCACAUGUAGAGACAUGAUAGGGUGGGAAUAACCUAUAUCCAUUGUUAUGUAUUUCCAUGUCCAGAUCAAAUCAGGACUGAGACACAAGACUGUGGCUCUGCUUUGUGGAAUUUUACCCCACCAUCUGAUGUUAGUCCAAGUCUGCUGACUCCAAUCACUAGUGCUGUCAGGCAGUGCAACAGGGUAAAAAAUGGUGGAUCCUGAUAGAUGUUCUCAGCUUAAAUUACUUUGAUUGUAAAAAUGAAACCGGUACCAUCUCCAGGGACAAUAUAUCCCACCUUAAUCAUAAGCAAUAGUGUAGGUUGAAUGGAUCACAAAUGUUUUGUGACUUAAGUUGUAUUAUUUGUAUUUGUCUCUUUGGCUAUUAAAGGUCUACAUUUUACA